AUGAUCGUCCGCACCCCCCCUCCCAAACCCCAACCACCAGCAUCCCAAACGACCGCCCAACCGAGCAACACCCUCCCCGCUCCCUCUUUCGGUCGUGCUCCCUCCACCUCCCCCAUCAAAUCCCGAAUCCCAUCCGCCACAAACUCCACCCUCAACUCUCCCUCCAAACCCAGAAUCCCGUCCUCCGGCUCUGGCUCAAACUUCCUCCCUUCUGCCUCCACCUCAUCCCUCUAUAACUCAACAACAACAGCAGGAAAACUCCCACCCCCGAAACCCAUUCGUUCCGCCCCUGCGAGCAAACCGUACGAAGCCCUCGCUGCGUCUCAACAGUCUCAUAUCGAUGAAUUGGUGAAGAAGAGCCAUGCGCUCGAGGCUACUGAGAGUCGGUUGCAGAGCGAGUUGAGCACGUAUCAGGCGAGGUUGAGGAUAAAGGAAGAUGAGAUGAAGAGGUUGGGGAAUGAGAUCAGUGGACUGAGGAGUGAGAGGGAGAAGAUGAGUGGGGAGAAGGAGAAGAUGAUGGAGGAGUUGGAAGUCAGGAAGAAGGAGUUGGACGGGCAGAGGAAAGAAUGGGAAGGCGCGGUGCAGAGGUUACAGGAAUGUCAUCGGAUCAUUAUGCUUCGCAAUGUGGGGACUUUGGAAGCAGAGAGGUGCGAGAGGAUGAGGGUGCAGGAGGAGGUUAGGAAGGAGAAGGUGGAGAGGAUGAGGGCGGAGUUUGAGAGCGCGCGGUUGAGGGGGGAGGUUGUGGAGUUGGAGGCAAAGGUGGAUGAGAAGGAUGAGGUGCUGGACGGGGUGAAGGAUAGGUAUAUGGAAGAGGUUGGGGCUAUGAUCGCGAGAGUGCAGGAGCUGGAGGUUGAGUGUAAGAAUUGGCGGGAAGAGGCUGCGACGUACUGGGGUGACAAGGAGAUAUUCGAGGACGAACUAUUUAAACUCCGCAAAGACCACACUGCCCUUCAGUCCAAAUUCGCGUCAUCAACCCAAUCGUACGAACGUACCCUCGAAAAGACCAAACUCCAACUCGAAGGUUCUCAGUCCUCAUACAACGAUCUUGAGCGCAAACACUCUGAUCUUGAGCGCCGACACAUCGAACUCGAACGGGACUACACGUCUGUGAAGUCCCAGCUCGAGAAAUGGCAGAAUCUAGGGAAUGAGGAGGGCAAAGAAGCGGAGAAGGCGAGGAAGGAGGCCGAGAAGGUGGCGAAGGAGGCGGCGAAGGAGAGGGAGAAGAGAGAAAAGUUGGAGGGUGAGGUUAAGGCCUUGCAGAAGGAGGUGGAGGAGUUAAGAGACGGUCAGGAGGACGCGGAGAAGAGUAAGAAGGAUAGGAAAGCGAUGAAGAGGGCAGUGGCAGAUCUUGCGCAAGAGAAAGCGGAUGUGGAGAGCAGAUGCAAGGAGCUGGAGGCACUAUUGGAAGAGAAGGUGGCGAAGGGAGGUAAGGAUGGAGAUAAAUCCGCGAAACAGAUUGAGAAACUCAGCUCUGCAUUGACGGAACACGUCGAGAAAGCAGAGAAGGAAAAGAAAGAGGCCGAUGCAGUGAAGAAAGCUCUCGAGAAAGCCCAGAAACAGAUCGUCGACCUCCAAGACAAACUCUCUUCGAGCAAGAAGGUCGCCAAAGGCUCAAAUCUUGACGACCCCUCGGCCUUCCUCUCCCCUCCGGUCUCAGAAGAACCACGACCAUCCCGACCGAAAGCGCGAACCAAGCGUCAGCCUGAGACGGAGCUCGCUGAGGAGGACGAAAUCGAGGAGGCCCCACCAGCGAAGUCGCCGACGAGAAAGGGAAAAGGCAAAGCUCCCGCACGCGAACCAUCACCCGAGACUGACGAUGACAUUUCCCCUGAACCCGAGCCCGAAGCCACACCACCACCCAAAUCCAAGCCUAAAUCCAAACCCCAACCAGCGAAGAAAGACUCGUCACCCAAAGCAGUCGAUACACCCACAGAGAAGGAGAAGGAUAAGAAAGGGAAGCGGAAAGCGGACGAGCCAGCUGAUGAUGACAGGAAGACCAAGGCGAAGAAGAAGAAAGCUUCAGAGGAGCCUGCACCAGCACCGAAGAAGAGAGGGCGGCCAGCGAAGCCAGCAGCUGUGGCACCCGUGGAGAGCGACGAAGAGGCUGUGGUGUCUGUGCCGAAGAAGAAGAAGAAGAUGAGGAAGUUGAACGCAAUAACUUCGUUUGAUUGGGAGUCUAUCAAGUUUGGGGAGCCAGCUGGCGAUAGCAGUGGCGCCAACAAGCUUGACUGGAAUGCUGUCAAUAUUUCGCCUAUCAAGGGAUCAGGACCAACGUCCAGAAUGCCAUCUGGCUCACGGAAACCGAGUGCAUCUGUGUUUGGACGGUCGUAG